AAAAACUAGUGAUUUGAAUAAAUUUGAAGAAAAGAAAAAAGAAAAUAAUGGAUUUUAUAAUUUUGGAGUAUCAGUACAUUUUCAAGAGUUUGUUGGUAAAAAGUUGAGAGAACAUCUUGACAGAGAAAUAGAAAUAGUUGAAGUUGCUCCUGAGAAAUGUAAGAAGAAAAAAAAAGUAAAAGGCGGAAUAAAAUUACUGAGCGAUUCUACAGAUGUUAUAAAUUGUGAGGAAGAAAUAUUGCCGGUGCCGGAAAAGAGGAAAAGAAAACUUAAAGAUAGGAGUGAAAAUAAUAUUUCAAAUAUUGAAAAAUGUAAACAAGCUGCCGUUGAUCCAGAAUUUAUUUUGUCUAAGUUUGAAGUUGGCUCGUGGAAUGAGCGGCCAAAAGGGACUGUUUUUAAAUAUAAAAAAAUGCCCAAUGGUACAUUAAUUGAAAAUAAUUAAAUAUAAUUAGUAUUUUUUAUCAAACUAAAUAUAUAACAUCCAAUAAACCUGAAUUUUUUUUUUUUAAAUUAGUAAUUUUUCUACGACCAAUUACUGAUAAAUUUCAUAUAUAUUUCAUUAGCUUGCGCUCAUAAUUAUUUAUUCAUAAUUCAAUUACCAACAUGUUGAUAUUUUUUAAAAUUGAUAUUCAAUAAUUAUUAAAUAUUCAAAAGUAAUUGAAAUUGGCGCUCUUGCACCAACACACGCGACUGCGCACAUGCGCAUAUUAAAAUUUGUGGUUAUUUUAAAAACAAACGCAAAUUGCACGUAUUGUUUACGAUUAUCAUUUAAAUAAUUUAUUCUUUUGUAAGUUUAAUUGAAAUUAUCAUCAGGUUUAUCAAUUUUUUAUUUUAAUUACUUAAUAAUUCAAUUAUUAAUGACAAGUGAAUAAAUAAAUGUGUCCAUCUACAAGUUAACCGGUGCCAGGUCAUUACUAACUUUAUAUAAAAUAAUAAACAAAAUGAAUUUACCGGGGUCUGAAAAAUUAUGUCAACUGUGUGACAGUUCCGAAGCUAAAUACACAUGUCCAAGAUGUAACAAACGUUAUUGUACAUCAGAAUGUUAUAAAUCAGAAGCACACGUGGACUGUUCAGAAGAAUUUUACAAAGAAUGCGUAGAAACAGAGUUGAAGUCUAGAGUAAAUGACCCAGAUGAUCAGGUCAAAAUGUUGAAUAUUUUAAGACGGCACCAGGAAGCACUGAGUGAUGGAAAAUUAUUCAAUGACAAUGAAGAAGACGACGAUGAUGAUGAUGAUGAUGAUAUACUGAAAGAUUUGAAUGAAUCUUAUGAGGCAAUUGAUUCAGAUGACGACGAAGAGAUACCAGACCUUGCUGAAAGAAUUAAAAACGUCGACAUGAACAAUCCGGAUGAUCUCUGGGCAGCAUUAACUGAUGCCGAACGUCAAGAAUUUGAAGCCAUGAUUCACAAUAAAGAAACUGAUAAAUUAUUGCCGCAGUGGGUGCCUUGGUGGUCUCGGGUUGGUAAUAAACUUGUUACUGAACUUGAUAAUUCAUCAGAGUACAAGGAACAUUGUCCCGGUUUAGUAGCCAUUGCACCCAUCAGCGAACUGAACAAAGUUUCUCCAUUAUUGUCUCACAACCUGGUUAAUAUUCUCUACGCGUAUGUCAUUAUGGUUCUUCAUUACAAUGGCGAGCAUCAAGAUUCUUAUAGAGAAGCCUUAGAAAUUUUUCUCCACCUCAAUGAUGUUAUUAGUGAAAAAAAAGUAUUCCAGGACGACAGUCUAGCUGCACAAGCAGUCAUUAAAAAGUCUAUUGAAUGCAAGAUUCUGCCCGAAGAUGCUGAAAUGGCCAUCAAUGAUUCCGUCAAUAAAAUAAUCCGCGGACCAACUGAUGAUAGAACUUAUUAUUUGAAAGCUGUUUUAUCUGAUCUACAUGUUUUGUUCAGCAAAGUCAAAGAUGGUGAUCUUGGAGCAGCUAAAGGUACUUCAGUGCUUCCUAAAAAAUUUAAAAUUAAAAAUUUGAAUAAUUUAAAAUUAAAAGAAAAAAAAAUACAACGGUAUUUAAAAAAAAUUGAAUUCUACUUAGCGUGGGUUGAUAAAUUUGGAGCAGGUAUGAGUGAAUUAAAAAUAUAAUUAAUUAUUUUUUUAUACUUACCAAUCAAUACUUUAUUUUUAAACGCUCAUUUGUAAUGAAUUUAAAUUUAAAAUAAAAAUAAAAAAGAAAGUCUA